UAUCAGUUUGUAGUUUUGCCGCAAAGCAGUAGAGYUGUGUGUUGCGAGAUCCUCAAGUCAUGCAGGUUUAGUCAAAUUUCUGUAGAAUCUAUUGCUUUCAAGUUUCAAGGAUUUUUUACAAGGGUUAUUUUUGGGGAACAUUUGGAUUGUUGACAUUUUGUGCACCGACAGCAAAAUCGAAAAUAUCAUCCACGCUAUGCCGGCAUCUAAGACGUUGAAAUCAAGUCUUCUUGGCGCUGCAAAAAGUGAUACAUGCCUCAACGAAUCGAGAAGGGAUAAAAAAGUCCAUUUUGCUGAUACACUAGGCCUAUCUUUGGUUUCUGUGCUUCAUUUCAGCGAUCCGCCACGUUCACACAACCUUCGAAAAGUAGGGAUCAGACCCGCUUCUUGUCGAGGCUGUGGAAGGAUCGAUAGAGCAAGAGUACUUAAUUUUGUCAAUCCUUUAAGUGGUAAAAAACUCCUUGAAGCUUUGGAAAGACAAGCAGUUUGUCUAGAGAGCAUAACAAUAAGGGAAUAUAGUAUACAAGGAAACAUUAAAGUGAAAAAUCUGGCUUACGAGAAGCGUUUGUUUAUACGCUAUACUAAAGACAACUGGGCGACUUACCAAGAAACUGCAGCCAGUUAUGUUUAUGGUUCAAGCACCGGCUCCGUAGAUACUUUUAAAUUUGAAUUAGCUAUUUCAGAAGACUUAGAAAAAGACAUAAAGAUAGAAUUUGCAAUUUGCUACCAAGUAUUAGGAACUAGGAUCUGGGACAACAACUGCGGAGACAACUACAGAUUAAUUUGGUAUGGCUCCCAGAAGCUUCUGAAAAGCCGGGACGUUUUAGAUAUUUUCCAAAGCAGCAGAUAUGCAGGAUUUUGGAUUUAAGUUAAAGAUUUCUAUGAAUAGUUCCCAAGAAAAUAAUUUUAAUAGAACUAAGUUUAAAGAUAAUUUAUUUUAAGGGGUUGUGCUUGUUCGAUCAGGACAAAAACAGGAAUUAAUCUUUUGUUGUGUAGUUAAAAUUAAUAUUGUAUUGUUAUGCCAUGACGCAGUUGUAAAGCCAAAAGCUGUACUAACUUUAUAGCUUUCCAUCAACGAAAUAUUUUUAAUUUACGUUCAAAAAAGUGCAUUUACAAAUCAAACAAAAGUCCACGUACAGCAUUAUCAACACUUUGUAGUCGUUCCUAAGCAGCAAAAAUGCAAAUUUUUCGAGUCAAGUUUCAACUAUAUUUUGGUGAGUGUCGAAAACAUAGAUUCAAAACGUUUAUUUUCUAGGGUCCAAACUUUAGGUGGUUUUGUAAGAAAAGUUUUAAAGCCAAUACUGGUCUAUAGUAUUUAUCRAAAAUAAAUUAAAAUAGCAACAUUAAUUAUG